AUGCCGCCCCCAGUGCUGCUUGCCUACUGGAGAUCCAACGGACUGCAGGGCUGGUACAAAUGGGACCUCAAUGUGCAGCAAGCAAAGGACAUGGUGACCACCAACAUCAACAGCCUCACUGCCUCAGUGCUCUCGUGGUGGAGGUGGGAAAGGCCCGCGAGUGGAGGCGGCAGCGUUUUGGCUGUGAACGCGAAGGCAGCAUCUGCUGCUGCCAGCCCGGAGGACCCGCAGCAGCAGCAGCAGCAGCAGCAGACGGACAAGGUGCAGCAAAACAGCCAGGCAGCAGACGGGGCUCAAAGCAGCCCCCGGGAAGAGCCUCGUGGCAGCGAAGCAGGCGACGGUGCGUGUGCUGCCGCUUUUGUUGCUGUUCCUACUGCUGCUCCUGCUGCUGCAGCUGCUGCUGCAGCUUGA